AUGGCCACUUUUGAUAAAAAACAAUGCAAAUAUCAGAUGCCCAGCUGGUUUUCAAAGAACGAUUCGAUGACUGCAUGUGCGAAUUGGCAUCGCGGAGUAUCAGAAAUUACUCGUCAUGAUGCUUUGGCCACGCUUCAUGGGUGCCAACUGCGGACGAAGUGGGAUAACCAUAGAAGCACAACAGCGCUGGAUAACAGGCUGGAUUCACUAAACACUGCUACACAGCUUCUUGAUCGGGGCGAGAACAUGUUAGAGCAUGGCAUUUCCAGCUUGAACGAAGCCAAGGAAGCAAUGGAGAAGCAAAUUCAGGAAAUGCAGAUUCACGAAGAUUGUAACAUUGAGUGUUUAGUUCUAAGAGACAGACGUCGAGAAAUAGAUUUUACAGAGGACAAAGUUGACCUUGAACUGAGGAAGGAGCAAGGACUUCUACUAAAAAAUAGAAAACGUCUGCAGCAAAAAAUAGAUGAGGCUUUAAACCAACUUCUACUUAUGCAAGACGCACACAGCAGAAUAAGCAGAGAUAUUCAGGAUAAGAGGAAAACCACUGAAAUUGACGUGAAUCAGACCACAUUAAAACUAUCUGAGGCAUCGCUCAAAGUUGAUCCUACGCGUAUUCCUCCUAACACAACAACUUUGAGAGAAUGGGAGACUUUUUCAAGACAGAACUAUGAUAGAGCGCUGAAGGAGGUGGGUGAGAGUACGACCCAACGCUACCAGAUCUUCAACUUAAUUGAAGAGGUCGCCAAUGAACUGACUGGUCAGGCUGAUGCUGUGGACUCGGCACUUCGUGAGCGAGGGCACGAAGUGCAACAGGCUCUGACUAAACUCAAGUGGCAAAAGAAAAGGAUUGAAGAGGAGAUAGAAGAGGUUCUGAAGCAACUCGCUUGGCUGGAGCAGGAAAUGGACUCGGAGAUGCAGACAGCAAAGAUUGCGCACACUCGCCUCGAGAAUCGCACUUACCGUCCUGGAAUGGAUUUGUGUCUAGACGUACCACAAUGCACCCUUACCAAUGAGGUCAGACAGCUUGCAACCUCUCGUGAGACCCUACUGCUCAAACAACGUCAGUGUAGACACCGCCUUGAUGGAGUACAACGCCAACGUCAGCGACUGAUAGAGCAAAUCGCAAUGAAGGAGAAUUCCCUUAGCCUGGACAAGGAGUGUCUGGAGCUGCGGCGAACGCGGAUCAAAGGAAGCGGGCAAUUAAACGAUUCUGGUGCAGCAAAGGCUGAAAAACUGAUUCCGAACAGCGCAGAGUAUUCCAACACUUGUAGCGCGGAACGAGGAAAGCGGCUGGGCAUCGAAUGCCCUGAACUCCCCUCCUGUAACAGGUCCUCUGCCUUAUAG